AUGGAUCAACUCCCAGCCGCGUCAUUGGCGCCAGAUAGCCCUCAAGGUUAUGCAAAUCACCUAGCGGGGCUUAUUUACACUCAGACUAUGGAAAUAAUCGAGGGGAAAGCGACGAAUGUGGCUUUACUUUAUCUUAUGAUCCUCCUAAUCCCAAUUUAUGGAGUUUAUGGGGUCUACCAAUAUCGCAAAUCAUACAUUGAUCUCCCUUACGUUGGCAUUCGGCCUGGCCUCUUCGGAUCGUGGAAAGCUGGAUAUUACUACCUUCACAACUCAGCAGAUGUUGUUUGGGAGGGCUAUCAAAAGUAUGCUCGAGAAGGAAGAGCCUUUGUGAUAUCAACACCAAAGAGGUGGUUGGUUUUCCUUACUGAUCCGGACCAAAUCGCUGAACUCGCUAUGGUGGCGGACUCCAAAGUCGGAUUUUAUGAGGCACUCAAUAUGAAAAAUAAACACAAUAGAGUGGCAGAGCCAUCCCUCGGAGAUUAUAUCAACACUUAUCACGUAGACGUAAUCAAAUCGCAAUUAACUCCCCGAAUGGCGAGUAUAUUACCAGAGAUCCGACAAGAAGGGAACGUGGCUUGGAAGGAUACUUUGAAGCUUGGACCGGGCUGGACGAAGGUCGGUAUUUGGGAAGUUGUGAUCCAAGUCGUUUCUAGGUCUGCUAAUCGGUGUUUUGUCGGGCUUCCUCUCUGCCGCAACCAAGAAUUACUUGAUGUAUUCCGGGCCUAUGCUAUCAGGACAAACGAAGUAGUCUAUAUGGUAGACCUGGCUCCCAGAAUGUUCCAACCCCUUCUGGAGUGGGUUCUCUUAAAACGUUUUAGGCUUCCACAACGGGCAAUGAAGAUAUUGAAGCCUGUAUUCGAGGAGCGUAAACGCAUGCGAGAGGAACUCGGGCAAGAACGUUGGGAUGCCGAAAAGCCCAAUGAUUCGAUAACAUGGAUCAUUGACGCUGCGAUGAAAAAGGACGCACACCAACAAACCAAUGAGCAAAUGUCUUGGAGGUUGAUUUGGUUGAAUUUUGCAGCAAUCCAUACGACAUCUAUGUCUACAUUGCAUAUUCUCUACGAUUUGGCUGCUAACCCAGAAUAUAUCGAUCCCCUCCGAGAGGAAAUCAUUGCCACCAUGGAUCAACAUGGCGGCUACACAAAGGAAGCUCUCAACAACAUGUUAAAACUUGAUUCUUGUCUCAGAGAGUCCCAACGUUGGAACUGUGUUGUGUCUAUCGUCAUUUCAAAGCUCACCAUGUCUGACUAUACCUUUAAGUCGGGGAAGGUCCCACUCCAUCUACCAAAGGGCACAUUUGUCACCGCUCCCGCCACCGCCACCCACUUGUCUGAAGAAAUAUACGGCCCCGACGCUCAUAUAUGGAAAGGCUUUCGUUUCUCUGAAAUGCGUGAAAAGAUGACCAACCCGGAAGAAUCUUCGAAGCUUCAAGCCGCUGCUACAAGCAAAGAGUACUUGGCAUUCAGCCAUGGCAAGCAUGCAUGUACAGGCAGGUUCUUCGCUAUUUAUCAGUUGAAAAUGCUUCUUAUAUAUUGUUUGUUACGAUUUGACAUCAGGUUACCAUUGGAUCGCAAUGGAAAGCGACCAGACAAUCGGUAUAUUUUGGGAAGAAGAUCCGCGGAAAUAAACGGGUCAUUGGAGUUCCGUGAGAGGAAAGAAUGGAAUGAACUGAAGACUCGGUGGGGCGAGUUCGACGAAGAGGAGGACUAA